AUUGGCUAAUAGGAGUGUAAAGGUGACUGUAGGGAUGCUAGUUCAUGUGUGGAGGGCUCUAAUAAUGUCUAAAACUGCAUUUAGAAUUUUGUAAACACAUUUUUUAUGCUCUAACUACAAAAAUAUUUCAUUCCUAAAUCAGGAAUCCUAUUUUGUGUAAAUUCACGUAUUACGGUCGGGUCUGGACCCAGUUAACUGCGAUAAACAAGGGAUUAUUGUACUCAGAAUUGAAUCCAAGGGUUAGGAAUAUGGUGGGCUUUAUGCGCAUGAGUAGGAAUGUAAGCAAAUUUACAGGAAUUACAUUGCUUGUUACUGUAUGACAAGGAACUUAAAUGUACUUGCUUCCAGCAGUGUUGACAAAUGAAACACAUUUUAGGACUUCCCUCUUCCUGCCUGUUGGGAGGCGAGAGACGAGGAGAACAGACACGCGUGCACGUGGCAAAGUAGUGAGGUGGGCAAAAUGAUCCAGUUCACUUUCAUUUCUUGUGUGAUGAAUUCAUUCAUUUAUUUAUGAUCGUCCCAAGCCAGGUGCCCCCCUUUUAAUCUACUGCAAACCCUGCAGUCUCGACCCCUCCAGAUUUGUACUGAUGUCAUCAGUCAACUCUCCCGUUCUUUGGGUGAUCCCCUGUCAUGUGACCGUGUCGCACAAUAACUUCCUGUUUUGCACUGGGUGACAGCCUUGCACUUUCAAAAAAUCGUUGGGUGAUUCGCCGUGAGCACCGAUUAGGAGAUAAAAUGUCUGCCGCUCAGCUGUAGACUCGAUGGAUCACACGGCCGCAUGCUGUAUUGUUGUGAUUUUGGGCUUGGCUGUGUGUGAUGCUGCUAUUUCCUGUAAGAAUGAAGCCGGGGAGCCUGUCGACUGGUUCAUCAUUUACAAGCUGCCCAAAUACAAGAUUGGUGAGGAGGGCAGUGGGGUGGACUACAUGUACCUGGACCCCUCGCUAGGCGCCUGGCAACUGAGCAAAUUCUUGGUCAACACCACUCAAGGAGCCGUCGGAAACACCCUGGGUCAGCUUUACAGCCGAGCGCUUUACCAGUCUGACGGCUCAGUCUACGUGCUCUACAACGAUGCACCGCCUGACCUCAAGUACGUCCAAGGAUAUGGACACACCAAAGGUACAGUGGACGAUGGAAACUUGUGCCGUCUCUGGCAGAUGGUGUCUGAUGGUUAUUGGACUGCACUCGGCACCAGUAACAACCUUCAUUUGGUCUGAGAAUGGUCCCGUGUCUUGACGGACACCCAGUCAGAUCUUCCAGCUCAUUUUUUGGGGUCUACCGCUCGACUUUUUUGUUCCAUGAGCCUCAGGAUGUUUUUCAGAAGUUAGAAAUGACGGUGUUCCUGCGUCCCACCUCAGCAGCAAUGGCGCGCUGCGAGAGGCUUGGCUUAUGCAGCUCAGCAAUCCCAGCGCCUUCAAAGAGAGAAAGCUUUCUUGCCUUUGCCAUCAAGAGACCCUGACAGUGUGAAUACCUGACACUAAAUCACAUUCAGUCCACUUUUUUGCCAACAUUUUGCCUUUUAAAGGCUGCGCUCUUAAAGUUUGAUCAGCUGAUGAACAGUUUAUUUCACUUUAAUGCUUCCGUGCUAUAAAUUGUUUACUGAAACAUUUUUUGUGUUGCUUCCAUUUGGUGUUUUUGCACUUUUAAGCUCCACUUAGGACCUUAAGAUCCAGCAGUGCAAAAUGAACAUUCUUGCAGUUGUCCAAGCGCUCAUCACAUGUCUUCCACCAGGAAUGUAUCAUUACAGUCAGAGGGGGACGGUCAUGAAACGCACCAUUUCAGUGUUGUUGCUGAUACUGCAAUGGAUCAAUGGGAUUUUGGUCCCAAGGACACAAUAGGGACAAAGAACAUCUUUUUCAUAACCUCUGUUGACUUUGCUCCACGUGCACUGGGAUGCCGGUGUUUGUUACACAUGCUUUUGUGUGUACACAGCAAGUUGUUUU